AUGGAGGAUGUUGGAGAUAGCGCAAGCCCAAAAGAGCGCGUGGAGGACCCCGAUCCCCCGCCGUCGCAAGAGCAUAAAUCUCUGAAAUACUCGUUACUAGGGCCGUCUUUACUCAAGGCCGGACAGGACGCGGUCGAUCAGCGAAAAGUUUCGGAAAUUAUCUACAAUGCCUCCAAAGGCUCAAAGUUCUUCAACCACGAAGAAGCCCGAGACAAAGUUCUCACGGAGAAAAUCGAGCAAAUUCUAGCCCGCAAGGCCCGUCUGGAGAAGCUCGAUUUAUCGGCCGAUCUUCGGCGUGCCGACGAAUACAUCGCUGAACUCGAACUGAGUCGAGACCUAUCUCAGACUGUAGUUCAUGUCGAUUGCGAUGCCUUCUUUGCUGCUGUCGAGGAGCUGGAUCGGCCCGAGCUCAAGCACCUGCCCAUGGCUGUCGGCAAGGGUGUACUUACAACAUGCAACUACGUUGCUCGCACAUUCGGCUGCCGCAGCGGAAUGGCCGGCUUCGUGGCGAAGAAAUUAUGUCCUGAUCUGAUAUGUAUACCACAAAAUUACGAAAAGUAUACAGCCAAGGCGGAAGAGAUCCGUGCGAUUUUCGUGGGUUAUGAUCCUUGUUUUGAAAGUGCUUCGAUCGAUGAGGCGUAUCUCAAUAUCACGGCUUAUUGCGACGAGAACAAUAUGGACCCGCAAGAGGCAGUACAGCAAAUGCGCGCGAGGAUCGCCGAGGAGACUAAGAUCACUGUCUCAGCUGGCAUCGCAGCAAACACCAAACUUGCCAAGAUCGCCUCGAAUCAAAAUAAACCGAACGGCCAGUUUUUCAUAGCAAGUGAACGUCAAGCUAUCAUGGCUUUUGUCAAGGACCUCCCGGUCCGUAAAGUAAACGGUAUCGGACGUGUCUUUGAGCGCGAGUUGAGGGCAAUCGGGAUCGAAACCUGCGGCCAAAUAUACCCACAACGGGCCUUCCUAAAGAAACUCUUUGGAGAAAAAGCUUUUCAAUUUUUAAUGCAAUGCUAUCUCGGUCUAGGGAGAACAAAAAUCCAACCCGCGGAGGACUACGAACGGAAAAGCGUAGGUACAGAAAGCACAUUUUCGGAAAUCAGCGACCCGGACGCUAUCCGUGCAAAACUUCGCUGGGCAGCGGAUGAAUUGGAAAGGGAUCUUUCGCGAACACAGUUCAAGGGACGGACGCUGGUCUUGAAGAUAAAGUUACAUACAUUUGAGGUUUAUACUCGACAGGUUGCGCCUCCGAAAGCAGUGUGGUUGGCUGAUGAUUUGUAUGCAUACUCCUUACCGAUUUUGACCAAGUUGCAGAAGGAGAUACCAAAUAUGAGGUUGCGAUUACUUGGAUUGAGGUGUACGCAUCUCGUUAGCAGGAAGAAAGUUGGUCUCGAUUUCUUUGGGUUUCAGGCUGUUCCGAAGCCGUCACUCAAUCCUACGGCUCCUGCUGGCAGUGCCGAAGAUGCGGCUGUUGAAGACGCAUCGACUGAUCUCGAUAAUCAGCAACUUGUAGGAGAUGUACAAGCUACGACGGAGCAAGAAUUCGAAGAUGCCGCUCGCCAGGAAAGAGAAGACGACAUGGAAGAACUCGAACAACUCAGUCAAGAAGAUGCCAUCGAGUCAACAACUUCCCUACCGCUCGGACGCAAACCCACAGGAACAACAGCACUUACUCCCGAACCAGAAACAGAAAUAACUCAACAUUGGACAUGUCCUAUCUGUUCCAGACCUCAAGUCGCGGACGACAAGAAAUUCAACCAACACGUCGAUUACUGCCUGUCACGGGAAACGAUCAAAGAAGCCGUUCAGACUUCCUCAUCUUCUUCAUCAAAGGCUGUAGAAUCCGAAAAUCCUAUCAGAACUCCCAACGACCUAGCCAAUACCUGGAGUAAGGAGCAAUACUCAAGGAAGAGAAAGACGAAUGCGGAAACAGAUUUACGACAAAAGAGAUUAUUCUUCUCAUAG